AUGGCGAGCAAGAUUCGGAUUUUUUCAAAAAUGUCCCACCCAUCGUCUGUGUUGACGCAGUUUAGGCGUUAUCAGUGCAAUGGUGCAUUCUGUGACAUGAAACUCGUUGUUGGAGAUCAUAGAUUCAACGCUCAUCGCAUCGUUCUGGCCGCUUGCAGCCCGUACUUCGAGGCGCUAUUUCGUAGCAGCCUACAGGAAUCUCAAGCAGGCAGCGUUGAGUUGAUCUGUACGACUGGGGUUGGAAUGGAGGCGAUUUUGAAAUACGUAUAUACCGGCGAAGUUGAACUGACGGUGGACAACACACACGAUAUUUUGAGGGGCGCUGAUCACCUUAUGAUCGAUGACUUGAAGGAAUUCUGUGAGAUUUUCUUGCAGACAAUGUUGUCACCUUCGAACUGCACGAGUUACUUGGAGACGGCGGAGUUGUACAAUCUGUCCCGGCUACAGGACGAUGCCCAGCGUUUGAUAGAAAGUCGUUUCAGCGAAUUUCUUAAACAGAAUGAACAGGAACUCUUAGAGUUAUCGUUUGAAAAAAUAUUGUCAUUCUUGUCAAACGAGAGAAUUGUGGUGAGUAGGGAAGAGGGCGUUUUUGAGUUUGUUGUCAAGUGGGUCACACAUGAUGAAAAGCGAAUUGAACAGUUUCCCAAAUUGCUGAUGUGUGUGCGGCUGAUUCAUAUUGAGAAAGACUACUUGUUCAACUGUGUGCUGAAUGAGAAAUUAGUCACACAAAACGACACGUGUAGAGAGUAUGUCAGCGAGGCUGUGCGCUUUUAUAUGUCUGACAAUCAUACUAUUGAAAAUCACCGACCAGGAAGACUGGUUGACGUGGUCGUACUUGCAGGGGGCAACAUCAGCAGAAGUGCACAGUCAAGACGUACAAUAUCAAUCGACCAUACAGCAACUGAUACUGUAUUCGGUUAUGUGGUCUGCGAAGAUAGAUGGGUACAGCUACCCAGCCUCCCGGGUAAAAUAUCUUGGAGACCCGUGGUUUGCAGAGACAACAAAAUCAUCAUCAUUGGUAGUUCGCAGGAACGGUGUCUGAAAAAUGUAUAUAUGUAUGACCCAUUGCUCAAUAAAUGGACAGUAAUGCCUGAAACAAACCAUGACCAUAAAUUAGGCUACGCUGUCAUUUGUAAUGGUAAACUAUACGCUAUUGGCGGCUACCCGAGCCCCAGGUCCCUAGAAAUGUUCAAUGACGAUGAAAACCGCUGGGUGGAAAAAUCCCCAAUGCUCAGCGACCAUUACAUCUUUAAAGCCACGGUUAUCAACAACAGAUAUAUCUAUGCUUUUGGGAUCGAAACCGCCGGACAGAUUGAGUACUAUGAUACACUGACCGAUCAUUGGACUAUUGAGCCCCAUGGGGAUUGGAAUCAACUGAAUGCUGACCCCACAUGGCAGCUCUAUCCACCGAUAGUGAGAGAGACGCCAGACACGAUUGAAAUUACCCGUCUGGGUAGCAGGUGUAUUGCUAUCAACAAAUGUGAGAGGGAGAUAACCAGCAUUGAUUGUCCAAGAUUUCCAAUUCCCGAUAUGUCCAGACGUCAUCACGCUAAUAUUUGUGACAUUCAAGGCGAUAUUUUUAUUUGUUGUGGUAGAAAAUAUGCAGCCAAUACAGAUGUGCCUCGUCCGGACGAUUCUGGUUACAUUUUUAAUACGUCUAGUGGAGAAUGGAAAAGCAUUGCCCCAACUGUGCAGCGAAUAAGUCAUGCUUCCUGCGUUGCUGUCAAGAUCCCUUAUUAUUUUGUUAAGGAAAUGUAG